AUGUUUGACGUGAUCCGCAGUCCUCCAGGUGCUCAAUUAGAGCGGGCCGUCGCCAUGGCGACCGCUUUUCCCGGUGACUGCCAGUUUCCUCGACUGCUCUGCUGCGAGAAGCCGCUGCCUCCAAAUGCCAUCAAGUCGAACCCGUCCAAGCGGCACCGGGACCGGCUGAACGGCGAGCUGGACAAGCUGACCAGCCUGCUGCCCUUCCCGGAGGACGUGCGCGCGCGCCUGGACAAGCUGUCCGUGCUCCGGCUCAGCGUCGGCUACCUCAAGGUCAAGAGCUUCUUCAGCGCUACGUUGCAGAAGAAGGACGCGAGCUGGCUGGCGGACAGAACGGCGGCCAUCGGCGGGAAUGGAAAGACGGCGUCUGCCAUCGAUGGUGUUGCCAUCUCAGAGGGAGACCUCCUCCUGCAGGCCCUGAAUGGCUUUGUACUGGUGGUCACAGCUGAAGGCUACAUUUUCUAUGCCUCCCCUACUAUACAGGACUACCUGGGCUUCCACCAGUCGGACGUGGUCCACCAGAGCGUGUUCGAGAUGAUCCACGCGGACGACCGGGCCAUGUUUCGCCGCCAGCUGCACUUCGCACUCAACCCCAACCAGGGGGACCCCGAGCAGGGCAGCAGCGGCAUGCAGAACAGCACCCAGAUUUCCAAUAACGUCGUGGCCUACGACCCCCAGCUCGUCCCCCCAGAAAACUCCUCCUUCCUGGAGAGGAGCUUCUGUUGUCGCUUCCGAUGUCUUCUUGACAGCUCCUCUGGCUUCCUGGCACUGAACUUCCAGGGGCGUCUGAAGUACCUCCAUGGGCAGAACCAGGUGUCGGAGGAUGGCACGGUUGCCCACUCCAUGCUGGCCCUGUUCGCCAUCGCCACGCCCCUGCAGCCCCCCUCCAUCCUGGAGAUCCGGACCAAGACGCUCAUCUUUCAGACCAAACACAAGCUGGACUUCUGUCCAAUGGGUAUCGACACCAGAGGAAAGGUGGUUCUGGGAUACUCUGAAAUGGAGCUCUGCAUGAAGGGAUCGGGAUACCAGUUCAUCCACGCUGCCGACAUGAUGUACUGCGCAGACAACCACAUGAGGAUGAUAAAAACGGGAGAAAGCGGCAUGACCGUCUUCAGGCUCCUGGCGAAGUCGGGCGUCUGGGUGUGGGUCCAGGCCAAUGCCAGGCUGGUGUUCAAAGGCGGAAGGCCUGACUUCAUCAUCGCUCGCCAGAGACCCCUGACGAACGAAGAAGGAGAGGAGAACUUUCGCAAAAGGAGGCUGCAGCUCCCCUUCAACUGCUCCUCUGGAGAAGCGCUCCUCUACGACACCGGCCCCAGCCUGGACAUGGUGGAGGGGAACACGCCCAAAACCAGGAGCACAUCCGAGGUGCAGGACCUGGACCCCAAGUCUCUCCUGGGGUCCAUGCUCAACCAGGACCAGUCGGUGUAUAUCCAGCCCCCCACCCCGGACCCUCAGCUCACCCUGGACAAAGCUUUCAUGGACAGCCACGCGCUGCUCAGCGUCCCAGGGGAUGCCUGGCAGCAGGAGGUGUCCCCGCCCAGCACCGACCUCAAGCAGGACCCCACGGUGGCAGGCAUCAUGGACUCCCUGGAGCAGAUCAUGAGUGACGGCAACCUGGGCGCGGCCCUGGAGGACCUGGACGUGAAGGACAGUGAGCUGAAGGAGUGGGAGCACACCCUGCUGAAGAUGAACAUGAGCAACGACGUCUCCCUGGAGCUCAACGGCAUCCUAGCCAACGACAUCUUCUCCUACGUGGAGGAUGCCCUCUUCAAGGAGAACGCCAUGGGCCAACGCCGCAGUGACGGGUCGAGGGAGCUCGGUGUCCCAUCGAGCUGCUUUGCCGACGCCCUCCUCGGCGAGCAGAGCGCUUUCACAGAGACGUCACGGGGUCUGUCUGGAGCGGGGUUGCAGGAUUCCGGGUUGCCUGGCAACCACCAGAACGCGCCACUCCCUGCUGUGCUGAGGCAGGCACAGGCUGUCCCCCAGGUGGACUUUGUCGGAAUUGGAGAGCAAAGCAUUGUGGGAGCAGGGAGUGGGGUCGGAGGCAUGCAGGAGGUCAUGUGCCCUGACUCUCUGGUCUCCAUGAGACUGAAUGGGCCUACUGUGUCACAGAAUGAUGGUAUGUUGUCUCUGAGACAGCCAGAGUUCGGUGCCCAGACUGGCCUGAGUCUUAACAACAUGAUGCCCUAUAGCUCUGCCCUGGCCACGCCCUGCUCUCAAACGCAGGUGAACCAGGUGAGGCAGGGCCUGCCGACUAUGUCCAGCUUUGGGUCCUGCCCGCAGAAAAUGCGGUCGCCUCCCUCAAGCACCGUCGGCCCGGUCCACCCAGAAUCUCUGGUUCUGUCCCUCCCAAACCAGCGGCAGCAGGUCGGAAUUGCGGGAAAGCAUUUCGAGUACCAGAAACGACAGACUUUCAUAGGCCAGUCCAUCCAAACAGCUUUGGAAGAACAGCGAGGCCAGUGGACCCCUUGCAUCCCCAACACUAAUUUUGAAGACAACCUGCAGGACGUCUGCGCCCAAAAUUUGCCCCCUCAGCAAAGUGUCUCGAACCCUUCGUCGGCACAACACCUUCAGGGCUGUUUCUCAGUCCAGACGCAGAGUUUACCUCCUCAGCAUCUGCACCCGUGGCAACAGCAGCAAAACGUUUCCUUGGCGACGUGCAACAGACAGCAGUACCCCUUGACUCACCCGCCCAUCCCCUCCCGCCAGGAGCGCCACAGGGACUCCUCUUCAGGCCCUGUGCCCCAUGUUUCGCAGAACUGCAGGAUAGUCUAUGGCUUUGGGACGCAGAAUGCCACGCCUGCCUCUUCAUCGAUCACGAACAGCUGCAUGUUCGAUGGCGGCCUGUCGUCCGCUGGCAACGGGGUGUGCUUCAGCAAUGUGGAGCGGGGGGCGUCCGUGCCUCCCUACCAGAAGCUGAACCCAUCAAACAGCCAGAGCUCCCCACAGGCCAGCUGCUGCUUCCAGAAUCUUCCGGGGAAGUUGGUCCUGGGCCCGUCCAGCAGCAGCCAGGGGAACGGCCUGCCUUGCCCCAUGGCGCCUGGCUUCUCCACAGGGGACACGAUGGCCCAGCACCAGUUUCUCAACUGCAAUGGGCAGACACAGGUACCCGGCCGUCCAUUAGAAGACAAUGAGUCUUUCGCCUUCCCGCCACUUUCCAACGGAACAGCAUAUUUUUCUGAGAACAGUCAGACCAACUGUUGUGACUUCUAGAGGGCGGAGGCACGUCCUCACCUCCAGCGGUGUCAAAGGUCAGAGGUCAAAGGCAAGCGCUAGCUGAGAAAGGGACAGAGACAGCCUGUGUGUCGCGGGGCCACCGCAGCGCUUCUUGUGGCUGUUUCCUGUGCCCCGCCCCCCACCCCCUGUCCCCCCAUCUACCCCGCGUCCCCUUGGAGAUGCGGAAGCCCUAUCGUAGCUUCUGCCACUUCUCACGGCUUCUCGGCUCGUAAAAGUACACAAGACUUCAGGCUCCGCCCCCGGACUGCGGGAGCCGCCGCGGGGGUCAGUCACCCGAGCCGCCACUUCGCACGCCAUUCGCCCGUUCAUCACGGUGGGAAGGAACGUGCCAGGAAGUCCUGAUGGAUAUCUAUUUAUUUGUUUCUGUUCUUUCUCACUUUUUUCUCCAUUAUCUUUGCUUUUAAUUUUUAUGUUCCAUGGGAGAAAGAAGCAGGAGUCCAGGAGAAUGGAAAAUUGAUUGCUUAAGAGCUAAAAAAGCGCAAGUCCUUCGGCAGAGACUGCAGGAAUGAAGUAGCCAAUCAAAAGGGGGUCUGUGGUUAUCAUGUGAAAUUCCUGGAAGUUGAUUCAAGCGGUGAAUAAGAUGAUUGAUCACUGGUCAGAAUACUCCUAACCUCCAGGUGGAGAAGAUACCAUCUCUUAACUGGAUUUAAGACUCGCUCAUCUCCAUGUGAACCCAUGGGUGAUUGCUGAGAUGUUGUACCAGGGAAAAAAAAAAGAUUCUGGUGGGAUUUUUUUGAUAUUGUAAACUAUAAAAUAGUUUAACAUAAAAUAUGAAAUUGUAAGGAAAAAGGAUAUGUGGUGUGGAAAUAUAAAAAUCAAAAUGUGUGUGUGAGUGCGUAUGUGUGUGCGUGUGCGUGCCUGCAUGCAUGCAUGCGUCUGUUUGUGUGUGUGUGUCCCUGAACUUUCUACUGCAAUCUACUUGAAUGUGAUAUGUUCAGGUAAUUACCAGGACUGUACUGUUCUUUGACCUCACAGAUUUAAAACAGAGUAAAUGAUAACAAGCUCACAGUCUGUUAAUGUGUGUUGCAGCAGUAACCCUGAUAAUUCUCUUGCUAUACAAUAGUUUCAAAUAAACCUACACCUUUUAUAUUUUUAUAUAUAUCACAAAAAUUACUGAAUUGUUGAGCCAUCCUGUUUUUAUCUUAUUUUUGUGUGUGUGCUUAUUUUGUGUUCAUAUAGCAUAUUAGUAUUUUCUUGUCCGUCUUUUGGAAUGGAAUAUGUAAGUAGCAUAGGUUUUGUCCAAUAACACGUGAUGUCCCUGUACUGCUUGUACAUUUUUAAAUUGUUUCAUUCCUGCACCACAUGUAGCAGUAUAUGUAUGGUUGUCGAGUAAGAUUUUGGACAGUGCUGUCCAGAAAUCUGGAGAACAGUGUUCAAAUCAAAACAAAGGCAAAGUGGUUUUGUGACUUAGGCCUUGUCAUUCAGUGUGACUACAGCCUCUAUCCAUUCUGAAUAUACUUUGUCCAUAACUUUAAAUAAGAAUUUGCUUUAUUAUUAUUAUUAUUAUUAUUAUUCCUUUUGCACAUUUUUUCUAGUUUCAGCAACUGUUGUGACCAUAAUCCUGGAUGAAUAGCACUUAAAAGCACUCCAUUUUCUUAUUGACUUUUAAGGACAAAGUUUAUCAAAGACAGAUUGAGGCCUAUUUUGGGCAGAGAUGGUGAAUCUUUCAUGAAGAGCAUGUUUAGUUUGCCAAAUAAAUAUAGCUGAUCUGGUUAACUUGUCAAGAAAAAUAAUUGUACAAAAUUCAGAGGCUACUGUGGACAGUAAUGUUGAUAUAUACCUAAUAUAUAUUUUUGCGUUUAUGCCCAUGAAAUAAAACCCAUUUUGUAUGCA